CCUGGGUCCAUCGUUUAACUGAUAAGAAUACGGUGGUCUUGUCAACAAAUUUUUCUUUCUUAUCAGUAUUUACCGAUGAUUUUUUAUUUAAAACGCAUAAAUCGCUGGUUAAAAGUUUUUGUGUUUUCCGUGGGUGAAAUUAAUUUUUUUAAGUAAACAAUUUUUUAAAUUGUUUGUCCGUUGUAAACAUACAUAGGGUUCUCGCAGCGAUGGAAAAAAAAACGUAAAAACAAUAGAAAAACCAUCGACACGUGGAUAAGGCGACCUAGAGGCAACAAACAGAAACUGACGGGCGAUUAUCAUAAGUCUGCUUUCUCUAGCAAAACAGUCCGCUUUCCGAAAGUACCCUCAUGGCCGAGGAGACGUUAGAGCAACGGGUGGCCAAGUUCGAGACGUUCAUCAACGACGUGCUCAAGGAGAGUCUGAAGCGCAUCCACGUGGCGGUGGACAUGUUGAACCAGGAGAUCAUGGAGCUGGAGCAGACGGGGAACUCCAUAAAGACCCUGAGUCGCCUGGCGGCGGAGCGCCCGGGCAAACCGCUGAAGACCCGCGUGAACGUCGGAUGCGAUUUUUACAUGCAGGCCAACGUCGAGCCGCACACUUACCUGGUGUGCGUUGGCUUGGGCCAUUACUUGGAGUUCACCGAAACCGAAGCGACGGCUUUCGUCCGGCACCGAUCCCAAUUGUUGAAGGCCCGGGCGGACGAAUUGCGCGACGAAGGCGCUCGCGUCCGGGCCCAGAUCACGUUGGCCUUGCACUGCAUACAAGAUUUGCAAAACAUUAAUUGAUUUGUUAAUCGACAUUAUCCGAUAACGCUGUAAAUUCCCCACAUUUUGUCCCC